UAGACGUCAAAUUGCCUGACGUUGAAUUACCAUCACUAAAUGUAAAAUCUACCAAAGGACAAGGCAAGCUAACUGUAAAAUUACCAGAGGAUGUUUUACCAUCAGUAGACGUCAAUUUACCAGAUAUUGAACUACGAUCGCUUAAUGUAAAAUCUCCUAUUGUAGAAGGCAAAGUAGACAUUACCAUUCCUGAAGUUGAAUUGCCAACCUUGAAUGUAAAACCUCCUAAAAGAAAAAGCAAACCAGCUGACAAAAGCCAAAAGGAUGGAUUUAUUUCUGUAGGCUUAGAAACAAAAGAUCUGCAAACGUCGUAUGUGGAUAUUGGAAUGAAGAAAUCGACGUCAUUUAUUGGAAAACUAAUGGGUAAAUCAAAAAAAGGUGUAGUAGGUAAUUUCCCGGAAAAAGAUUUAGUGUCCAUGCCAGAAUUAUCUAUAUUUUUGGAAAAGGAGAGAGACUCCUUCGAAGGUCUUCAGGCACAAGAUGUACAAAUUCCGAAUGUAGAAUUACCUGAAUUGGACAUAAAAAUGACUCAUAAGGACAUUAGUUUACCAGACGUUGAAUUGCAAUCAAUAGAUGUUAAAUUACCUGACGUUGAACUACCAUUACUAAAUGUAAAAUCUCCCAAUGUAGAAGGCAAAUUAACUGCGAAAUUGCCAGAGGAUGUUUUACCAUCAGUUGACGUCAAUUUACCAGAUGUUGAAAUACCAUCACUAAUUAUAAAAUCUCCUAAAGGACAAGGCAAGCUAACUGCAAAAUUACCAGAGGUUGAAUUGCCAUCUGUAGACGUCAAAUUACCUGACGUUGAACCACCAUCACUAAUUAUAAAAUCUCCUAAAGGACGAGGCAAGCUAACUGCGAAAUUGCCAGAGGUUGAAUUGCCAUCUGUAGACGUCAAAUUACCUGACGUUGAACCACCAUCACUAAUUAUAAAAUCUACUAAAGGACAAGGCAAGCUAACUGCAAAAUUGCCAGGAGUGGAAUUGCCAUCUGUAGACGUUAAAUUACCUGACGUUGAACUACCAUUACAAAAUGUAAAAUCUCCCAAUGUAGAAUGCAAAUUAACUGCGAAAUUGCCAGAGGAUGUUUUACCAUCAGUAGACGUCAAUUUACCAGAUAUUGAACUACGAUCGCUUAAUGUAAAAUCUCCUAUUGUAGAAGGCAAAGUAGACAUUACCAUUCCUGAAGUUGAAUUGCCAACCUUGAAUGUAAAACCUCCUAAAAGAAAAAGCAAACCAGCUGACAAAAGCCAAAAGGAUGGAUUUAUUUCUGUAGGCUUAGAAACAAAAGAUCUGCAAACGUCGUAUGUGGAUAUUGGAAUGAAGAAAUCGACGUCAUUUAUUGGAAAACUAAUGGGUAAAUCAAAAAAAGGUGUAGUAGGUAAUUUCCCGGAAAAAGAUUUAGUGUCCAUGCCAGAAUUAUCUAUAUUUUUGGAAAAGGAGAGAGACUCCUUCGAAGGUCUUCAGGCACAAGAUGUACAAAUUCCGAAUGUAGAAUUACCUGAAUUGGACAUAAAAAUGACUCAUAAGGACAUUAGUUUACCAGACGUUGAAUUGCAAUCAAUAGAUGUUAAAUUACCUGACGUUGAACUACCAUCACUAAAUCUAAAAUAUCCCAAAGGAGAAAGCAAAGAGGAUAUAAUUUUUUCAGACGUAGAAUUGACUUCAGUAUACACUAAAUUACCUGACAUAGAAAUGUCCAAGCAGCAAGGUCAUUUCGAUAGUACAAUUCCAGAAUUUGAAUUGCCGUUAUUGAAUGUAAUAGCGUCUAAAGGAAAAGACAUAAUAUUGCCAGAGGUGGAUUUUUCAUCGGUUGACAAGAAUGCAACUAUUUUACAACUACCAAAUAUUAUAUGUCUUUAUCAUUGGGUUGAUUCAAAACCAUAUGUUGAUUUAACUCCUUUACGUAAUUCCUUUAAUAAUAUCUUUUUAUGCUACAAUAAAGAUCCAAUUUCUUCUCAUUUCACUACUACUUUCAUUUUAUUUUAUGAGGAAGUUUUGGAAAUUUUAGAUGUUUUAUCAUCUAAUUUUUAUUUAAAGGAUAAUGAGACGAUGAAAAAUGAUUCGUGUAUCAAUAAAGUUUUUGAAGAAAUAGAAUCAACAGUAGAAAAUGCACUAACUAUGACCCAAAUUCCAGGCAUUUCAAAAACCUCUUACUUAACUAAUGAUCAAAAUAACAUUAAUAUAAAAAUGGAAUACCUUCAACAAAAAAUAAUUGAACUAAAAAAACUUUAUGGUACCAAAUUACAUUCCACUCAAAAAUGUAAUAUAAACAAACGUUUUUCAAUGAUCGAAAAUUGUUCCAAAAAUAUUGAAAAUUGCGAAAUACAAUUUAAUCAAUUAAAAAAAGAAAAACUUAUUAUAGAGGAAAAAUUUGACAAAUGUAAUUUACUGUUAGAUUCUUUACAACAAGUUAUAGAGGAAAUACAUGAAAUUGUUUCUAUAUAUAAUCAAGCGAAUGAUUUUAAUCAUGAUAUAUCUAAGGACAUAAAUAAACUAUUAAAAACUGCUAAAAAAUUAGAAAAUGAAUUGAUAAAUACCAAUAAAAUAUUAAUUAUUGAACUGAUGGAGAAAAAAAUGACGGAUAUAAAUUCAAAGGAAUUGAAUCUGAUUGACCAAAAUCUAAAUAAUGAAAACAAAAAUCGAUUUGGCCAAUUAAUGAUGGAUGAUGUUCCGGACUGUUUACGAGAAGAAAUUGAAAUUUUAACGCUAGUAAAUAAUUUAAAGUUAUAUUUAAUUUCACAAAACUGCGAUAAAACUCUCAUUAAAAAGUUAAACGAAGCAUUUAUUAACAAAAAACAAUUUUUUGAAACAUUAUUACAUUUAAAUAAUGAAUGGAAAUAUUUAAAUCAUAUAAUGAAUUCUGAACAAACAUGGUUUGAUGAAUUUAAGGCCUUUAUAAAUUCACAAGAAAAUACAUCCUUAUUAAAUUAUGAAAAACGACUUAUUAGCAAUCAGACGCUGAUUUCGGAAGUAUUAAUACAUUAUGAUAAAAUUGUCAAUUUGAAUGAUAUAAUUAAUAUCCAAGAUCAUACAAGCAUCGAACCACUAAUAAAAUUCACCGGAAUUCAAACCAAUAACUUGUUUUUAUUGAAAAAUAAAUUGAAAGAUGAAGAAAAUCGUUUAUUGGCUUUUAAAAAGGAAUUUAAUAAUUACAAUAUAAUUAAAACCAAAAUAACAUCUGACUUAUCAACUGUAAUAUCUAACUCAGAAGUCUGUAACUACGCCCAAAUUAACACUCAUAGUAACUACGUGGAAAAUAUAAUCAACUUAGACAAUAUAUUUAAAAUGAUAGAAAUAGCUGAAAUCCACUUAAAUAAAUCUUUUGAUAUUUUAUCAUUGACGGACGGUCAAAAAGAAAUUGACGAAUUAAAUUCUAUUAAGUUUACUUGCAUGAGUUUGAAAAAUAAACAAGAUAUAAAACAAAUAAAAAUUAGCGAAGAAAAUAUAACUACAAGAUUACAAAUUUUAGAAUUAUCAAUAGAAAAACCAAACGAUUCAAUUUUUGAGCAUACUAAUACCCUUGAUAAUGUCUUACGGGAAAUUAAUAUCAUUGAAAACCUCACUAAAAAUAAAACUUUAAUUGAACGUUCAAAUCUACUAAAGAACCAAUGUGAAAAUAAACUUAUCGAUACUACAAAUUUAAAACUCAAACUUUAUUUCCUAAUGGAUAAAAUAUCUGAACUUAGCAAUAGUUUGAAACACGCUGAAAUAUUAUUAAUAGGAUUAGAAACAUCAGAGUAUAAAGAUAAGAAUUCAUUAAGUGCUGCUAGAAUAACUCAUACAAAUAUUUUGAACAAUUUAACAAUUUGGCAAAAUAAUUUAUCAGACAUCUCACAGAAUUUGAAACAACUGAAAGAUAAUUUAAAACCGUUCAAACACGAUAGGAAAUCAAUAGAAGCUAAGAUAAAUGAGUCCGAAAAACAAUGUAAAGAAUUAAAUUCCAAACAAGCUGCAAUUUCCGAAAAACUUGAAAAUAAAUUAAAGUAUUGGAUUCAAGCUGAUGAAAUACAUAAGAAAAUCAUAAUUAAAACUAAUACCAUCAAUAUCUUAAGAAAUAUUACAAUAAAAUCUGAUAUAAUAGAUACAAAUUUAGAAUUCUUCAUUAAACAUUUAAAGGAGGUUCGCGGUGAAUACGAAAAAGAAAACAAAAAUAUCACAACUUUAAUUGAAAAAUUACAUAAAAAAGAAAAGAAACGAUUAUUAAAUGAAUUUAUUGAUAGUGAUCUAAAACAAUGGAAAUUAAUAGGAGUAGAACUAAAAGAUUCAAUCGAAUCUUUCAUAAAAGCAUCAAAACAAUUACAAAGUUAUCAUAAUUUAAAGGAUUCAACGAAUGAUUGGCUUAAAAGUAAGAUCGAAUCGCUUGAAACGUCGGAUGAUGUUCCUGGUGACACAACGAAAUGUUUUGAAAAACAAAAACAAAUUAUUGAAGAAUUACGUAAUAUGAUAACAAAUAUUAGUGAUACAAUUGGUCUUAGUUCAGACGACAUACCAUUAACUGUUGAAGUAGAAGAACUAAACGUGAAACUUGAAAAAGUUCAAAAGAUUAUUAUCGCACUAGGAGACGUUUCAGACAAAAAAAAUAAGAUUUCACACGAUGUCGAACAUGCAAAGCAGCUCUUGCACGAUAUUGAAAAAAGUUCAACAAAAAAUAUAGAAAUAAACAAUGAAAGUCUUGAGGAAUUAAGAACCAAGCUAAUGAAUUUAAGCGACUCUAAAAAAGCUAUAGACAAAUCUUUAGAUCGAGAUAUUUUUGACACUCCUUUAAAUGUAAUACGAUCAAACUCAAUAGUAGAAGUAUUCCAGCAUUGGCAACAAAUAUUCAAAGAGACUUUUGAGCAAUACCGUAGACUUUCAUGCUCUUUACUAGAAAACGAAAAUAAUAACUCAGUACUAGAGUUAUGGCACGAUUAUCUUAUGUAUGUACAAGAGUUUUUAAAUUCUCCUAUGCCUGGUGACUAUCACUCAUUAACUAACCAUGAACGACUUUGCCAAGUUCAUCAAGAAGUUCUCAACAGUCAACUUGAUAACUUAACAACAUUUGUUAACAAACCCGACAUAAUUUCUGAACCGUCUAUAAUUGAUAAAAUUAAGUCUUUGACGGAAUUACAUAAUAAUAUUAUGACUCAACUUUUUAAAAUUCAACAAGAGAUAUGGACUAGACUCAAUCACUGGAAAGAAUAUCGAAGAAAUAUUAAAAAAAUAUAUGAAUGGUUAUGGAAAAUAGAAAAUAUCCAUUCUAACUUGAAUUUGAAAUUCGUCAAUUCAAAAAGGUUACCUCAACUUAAAACGCAUAUAAAUAAUUUAUUAAGUAGUUUGGAAUUAGAAAAUGUUCAAGUAAACAAUUUAGAACAAAAGCAAAACAUUCUAUUCACUUUUUGUAGCAAAGAAACUGAAGUUGGUCAUAGAAAAGAAUUAAUUGCAAUAAGUCAAAGAAUUAACGAAAUUCAAGCAUCGUUAGAAGUUUGGAACAGUUAUUUAAAUAAUAUUGAAAAAUUAAUAAAAAUAUUUUCUAAAGAAACUAAAAAUAUUGAUAAAAUACUCCAAGAUGUUCACCUUCAUUUAACACAAUUCAUUUUAGACUGUGACAUAAAAAGUGAAGAUUUUGUACCAUCUGACAAACUCAAAAACAACUUAAAUGAAAUAGAUAAUCUUAAAAGUUGUUUAAAUCAAUUAGAUCUCAACUUUUUGUCAGCCAAUGAAGCACGUGAUAAGUUAAAAGAUUCAUUAGAUCCAAUUGAAAUUCGUACUUUUGGACAAAAAAUUAGAUUUUUAAAAUACCACCAAAAAGACUUAUUACAUCAGCUUUUCUUGCAAACUUGUCGAAUAGAAUACUUAAUGUAUAAACCUCAAGAGUUUUCUAACAGAUCUCAUGACUUUUUAUGCUGGACUAUUGAUACAGAUUCUCAAUUAAAAAAUUUGACUAAAUCUUUAAAAGACCCUAAAUUUGUAACAGAUGUAAUAAAACCUGAGUUUGAAUCCCUUAUCAAAACUAAACAACAAGAAUUUGAUUGGCUGAAUAAUACCGGACUAAAAUUAAUUGAAGCAGAGUCUCGUUUGCAUCCCGAGUUAGCCACUUCUACUGAAAACAAAUUAAAAGAAAUAAGUACGAAAUGGAAUGAAUUAAAAGAAUCAAUUUAUAAGAAUACUAUUGAACUACCAUCGAAAAUUUUAGACAAUCAUAAACUAUAUAAUGACGUAAAUUUAUUGAAGAAAUGGAUCAUAGACUUAAACACCAAAUUGACUAAUACACCAAUUAUUUUUUAUGAUAGUUCGGAAGAAAGCUUAAAGAAAGAAUUGAUAAAAUUCGAUGAAUUGCAAAAUAUCGUUAAAGGAAAACAAAUAGAAUACGAUGAUUUAAAGUUUAAAUGUAAUAAACUUUUGGAAACAACAAAUAACUCAGAGUCACUAAUGUUAGAAAGUACUUCUAACCUAGAAAGUCUUUUAAAAACCAUAUCGAUAAGCUGGAAAAAUAUUGAGAAUAAAAUUGAAGACCAAAAGAAUAAUACACGAAGUAAUUGGGAAGAUUUACAAAAAAUUACUAAAUUAAUUGACAUAGAACAAAAAAAACUUGAGCAGUUGAACACAAUUGUAGAAAGUCACAAGACCUAUGAUGCUUUAGAAUAUCAAAGUUUACCUAAAACGAUUAAGAACAUUGAGAAAGAACUGCAAAGUGAAGAAGAAAUGUGGUGCAAUUUAGAAUUGGCCAGUUCACAAUCAAAAUACGAUGUGUUUAUUGAACAAGAAAUUGAGACUAUAAUAAAAUCCAGGACUUCUAUUAGGAAGAAACUGAAUGAAAUAAUUUUAGAGCUCAAAAAAUCUCUUACUUUAUGGAAAGAUUUUACUAUUGCUCACGGGAAAGCUAUAAUUACCCUUACACAAGUUGAUAAUAAAUUAACUCAACUUGAAGUUUUGGAUGAAACAAACAGUACUCUCGCGCAAAUUUCAAAUGAUGAAUUUGGUAAAGAACUUGGAAACCUACAGAUACUAGAGGCAGAAUUACAUAAGUAUGGAGAACUUUUAGAAAAAGCAAAUACGUUAGGUCUUCAAUUAAUGAAAAAUAGUAGCCCUUGUGAUUUAAAACGAAUCGAAGAAAUGAUAGACGAAUACAAAAUGUUGUGGAAAGACAUCAGCUCCCGCAUUAACAAAUUAAAAAUAACUUGUGUCGAGGAAACUUCAUGUGUCAAAAAACGGUCGGUAAAUGAAGAAGUUCAAGUUGAUACUUUGGAAUUCGGCAAGGACUCACAAAUACAAGUUGAUACACUUUCUUCAGAAUUUCUUAAUAAGGAUUCUUUCCAACUAGAAUUUUUAAACGCAAUAUCGAACGCUGAACUCGACUUGAAUGAAUUAGAAGCAGUUUUACAGAAUUCUGACAAAAACUUAUCAAAAAACAUUGCAACUUGUCAAAUGUCCGCAGAUCUUAUCAAACAUCUGAGUGAUAUUUUGAAAACUCAAUAUGGUGUUCCAGAAUCGAAUCCCAGUAUUGUUAGAUCGCAAGAAUUAUUAGCUAAACAUGAAGAAAUUUUAACUAAAUUCCGAACUCUGCAACUUAAUAAACAACAAGAUGUAAGUUUAACGAUAUGUCCAUUGUGUUCCGAACAAAAUUGGUCACAAUUUGAAAAUGACAUGUGGCGUUUGGAGCAUUGGAUUCAAUCAACAGAAGCCAAAUUAAGCGUAAAUCCAACAAUACCUCCGACUAAAAUUGAACAACUAGAAGAUGUUAUUCAAGAACAUAGAGAAGUGCUUUUGUAUAUGGAUAGCCAUCGAAAUAUUAUAAAAUCAUUAAAUGUUAUUGGAGAUCAUUUAGCUGAACAUAGUACUGAUACUGAAAGAGCAGAUCAAAUCAAAACUCGAUUAUCAGCUACCAAUGCAAGAUGGGAUCGUGUAUCCUUAGCUUGUACCGAAUGGCAAACAAGUCUACAAACAGCCCUUAUGGAGAAUGAGGAAUUUUAUGACAUGAUUGAUGAACUUGUUACUUGGUUAAAUGAAACAGAGCAGACAAUCAAAACAAAUGAACCUAUUGAUUUAUCAGAAGAUACCGAAGUUAUUUCCAGAAAAUUCCAUAAAUUUAAAAAAAUACAUAAAGACCUAGAAAAAUGUGAACCAAGAAUUGUAUCUUUACUUGAAGCAUCCGAUUGGUUAAGACAGGCCAAUGAAUUAACCAGACUGCGUGUUCCCACUGAUAAUGAUCAAACAGUUAUAGAUUCUUAUACUAGAUUAUCACAUCUCAAAGUUAGAUUAAAUGAAUUAAUAAAUAUGACAGCUGAAUACACUAUCAAUUUGGGUAAAGUCCUUGGCUAUGAUAUUUCGACCGAAACCAUUAGUACAAGACGGAUUUACAAGGUGGACGAUACAAGCACUGUUGUGAAUCAAUUUAAUGAUGAAGAGUCAAACGCAAAUGGUGGUGAAGAAACGGUGCUAAGACGUGGAUACACAUUUUUCGGUCGAGUAAUGAGAGCUUCACUUCCGUUUCAAGCUCUUAUGUUACUUGUUCUUGGUGCUGCUUCUUUAUUACCUAUAGUUGAUGAGGAAUUUAGUUGCAUGGAAUCAAAUAAUAUUGCUUGGAGUCUUUACCCACUAUUACGAUAUCCUGGAGGACCACCUCCAGUUUAACCACUUACUCAUUCACUAGUUAUUUUUAUUGUUUAAUGUUAUUCAAAAUAUGACUAAUUAUCUAUUGUUUUCAAGUAUACAAUUAAUGUUAUCUAUAGUAUAUAGUAUAUACAUAUAUAUAAUAUUAGAGAUUUUAAUGUGAUACUAAAAAAAAAACGCUUUAAACAUUUUAUCUUAAUUUAAUACAAAAAUGUUAAUUAAGACUAUUACUGUAAUUAUGAAUGUAAGCGAUUGAAAAAAAUCAUUUUUACUAUAGAAAAUUAAAUAAGUUUUUUAUAAUAUGUAACAAAUUUUUUAAAAUUCUUUUAUAUUUUAUUGCGAAAUCAUCGAGUCACUUAAAUUUAUUUCACAUAAGUAAUGACAUAAAAAACUUAACCGCUCAAUAUCAUCAGCUCGAAUAAUAAAUACUACUUGUUAUUUUAUUGUAUAUAUUUAACUUUCAUUAUAUAAUGAAAGUUUAAUGAUAAUAUUUCUUAUGUUAUAAGAAAUAGUAACCUAUGAAGUAAUAGUCAUACAUAGUUCUAUCUUCAAAAUACACCAAACAAAACAAAAUAUAUAAUAAUGAUUAAAGCGUUUUGUUUUUCAGUUUUCUGUUAUAAAUCGUGAAUAUUAUUCACAAAGUGCCUAUUAAGAUUUGUUAUUUUUACUAACUUAGAUAUAUAUUUAAUAAUUUUUUAAUAAUAUUUGUAAUAUUUAUAAUAUAUAUUUGUAUUAUUUUAUUGUAUUACUUUUUACUGACAAUAUUAAUUGUGACUUAAAAAGAAUAUAUUACUUCUAAAUUA